AUGAGCAAUGUACUACUUUCCAAACUGUCAUCAGAGCUUGCUGAUCUCGACGGACAAGUCUCUCAAAUCGAUCAACAAAUUUCCCAGCUAAGGAGAAAAAAAGCUGAGUUAAUUCAAAAGAAGCAAGCUCUAGAGCGAAAAAUUGAGAUGAAAACCAACGAAGACUCUGAUGUGGUAUUGGAUAGAUGGGAUCAAGAUUCGUUCCCAUGGUCGGAUGAAGCGAAUCAAAUUUUGAAGAAUAAAUUUCGUCUUGAAAAAUUCCGUCCACUCCAGAGCGCUGCAAUCAAUGCAGUGAUGAGUAAGGAGGACGCAAUAGUGAUUUUAAGCACUGGAGGUGGAAAGAGCCUAUGUUAUCAGCUACCCGCUCUAUUAGCGAAAGGAUUGACACUCGUGAUUUCUCCAUUGGUAUCGCUGGUUGAGGAUCAGAUCAUGCAGUUACAAAAGUUGGGAAUCGACGCUGCGAGUCUGAAUGCUAACACUCCGAAGGAUGAGGCAAAAAGAGUAGAGCAAGCCAUUACGAAGGGGAGUACGGAACUCCGUCUUCUCUAUGUGACGCCUGAAAAACUAGCCAAAAGUAAACGAAUGAUGAACCAGCUAGAAAAGUCUCUGGGAGUGGGAUACUUGAAACUGAUCGCUAUUGAUGAGGUGCAUUGUUGCUCACAGUGGGGACACGAUUUCCGAACCGAUUAUUCGUUUUUGAAUGUACUGAAAAGGCAGUUCAAGGGUGUUCCAAUUCUUGGACUCACCGCAACCGCCACAUCGAAUGUUCUAGACGACGUCAAAAAAAUGCUAGGUAUUCCUGUGGCAAUAGUCUUCCGCGCUGGUUUCAAUCGUGCCAAUCUAAACUACAAAGUGCUCACGAAGCCAGGAAGUGAAGAUGAGUGUGUGGAAAAAAUUGUUAGAACUAUCAAAAGAAAAUUCUCCGGGAAGACUGGAAUCAUUUAUUGUCUGUCUCGAAAUGACUGUGAGAAAUUGGCAAAAUCUUUGAAAGCCAACGGGAUUCGUGCAAAGCAUUAUCAUGCCUACAUGGAACCAGUUGACAGAAGCGCGGCUCAUCAGAAAUGGGUAUCCGGAGAAAUUCAAGUGAUUGUGGCAACUGUGGCAUUUGGCAUGGGAAUCGAUAAACCGGAUGUUCGAUUCGUGAUCCACCACUCACUUCCGAAAUCAAUCGAAAAUUACUAUCAAGAAAGUGGUCGAGCUGGAAGAGAUGGUCUUCCUGCCACGUGUAUCCUCUACUAUCGGAUGUCAGAUAUCUUCAAACAAUCAAGCAUGAUACAACAGGAACAAACUGGUAUUGCUAAUCUGUACAAUAUGGUUCGUUAUGCGUCAGACACUGUGACGUGCAGAAGGGUUAAACUGGCGGAGCAUUUCGAGGAAGCAUGGGAGCCCUCGUGGUGUCAGAAGCAAUGUGACGUGUGCGAAAAGUCGUCAAACUCUCCUGGAACUGCUACUGAAGACGUCAGUAAGGAAGCAGUAGUUGUCAUUAACAUCAUCGAAGAAAACUUGUCAUCUGCAAAAGAUGGAAGCGGACGCAUCACAGGGAACAAAUUGUUGGAUUUGUUAUCCAAGAAGUUGAAGGGAAGACGCACCAAAGAUUUUUGUGAGAAGCUCAUUGUUCAUCUUCUUCUGGAAUCUUAUCUUCAAGAAGAUUUCCACUACACGGUCUACUCGGUUAUCAGCUACGUGGUUGUUGGGUUGAAGUGGAGGGUUUAUAACAGAAAAGAUGAAAUUCCGAUGACUCUUGAUAAUACUAAGAAGGGCAGAGCUGAGGAAAAUAAUCGAAAGCGAAAAGCUGCGGUGACAAGUUCAGACGAAGAAGUAGAUGUUGGAGAUGACGAUGACGUUAUUACACUCUGA